AUGAGGAAGACGAGAGGUUUCAAGUUGGGUCGCAAGCUGGUUAAGGUGUUUAGAUGGGUAGUCAGGCCGAAUCGAAAGCCAGAUGACUACCGCCGGUUGGAGUUGGAUCCUCCGAGCGGCAAAAGCAAGGCCAUAUCCAAAAUUUGCGACUUGCGUAAAUGCCUGAAGCGAGGGGCGAAGGGACUCUGCUCUUCCAACAAGUCAUCAGCCUCCGGCUACAGUCGCUAUGAUCGGGAGGCAUUGGAAGAUAAACCGGUGCAAGUGCCGAAAGGACACAUGGUGGUAUACGUGGGUCAGAAAGACGACGGUCUUCAUCGGUUCUUGGUGCCGGUUAUCUACUUCAAUCACCCCUUAUUCGCAGACCUGUUGAGGGAGGCCGAGGAGGAGUAUGGGUUCCACUGCCCAGGUGGGAUUACGAUACCGUGCCGGAUAGCUGAGUUCGAGAGCGUACAAAAGAAGAUCGCCGGCUGA